ACAAUAAUCUAUUAUCUGUGCUUAUACACAGUGUGUUUGUUCAAUAAAGACAAAAACAAUAAGUGUGCUAUUCUGGAACUGUUCAAACAUCAUUAUUUUACUCAAGCAAGAAAUAAUAUAUUUUAAAUAUUAAACUUGAGAACGCGUAUAAAGAAAAAACAAAAUGUCUAAUUCCAAUCGUAAAGAAAUAACUGGUCUUAAUCGCAUGACACCCAAGGGCCUAAAAGAACUAUGCAAGAAAGACAAGCUGUAUCAGACACCACGAUUAAAUGAUGUACUAUAUCUGCACUAUCAGGGUUUUCAGUGCAUAGAAAGCUUGGAAGAGUAUACAGAGCUUAAGUGUUUGUGGUUAGAAUGCAAUGCCAUUUCCGAAAUUCAGGGCUUAGAGAAACUUAGCAAACUGAAGUGUCUCUUUCUCCAAAACAACCUUAUAACGAAAAUUGAAAAUUUAGACCCAUGUCGUGAGCUAGAUACUUUAAAUUUGAGCUCAAAUCAUAUUCGGAAAAUACAAAACAUUGGGACCAAUGUCUUGCCAGUUUUAAAUACUCUUACCAUUUCAUCAAACUAUCUUAAGGACAGUGAGAGCCUUUCAGACUUGAUUCAAUGUAAAACACUAUCGGUGCUAGAUUUAUCAAACAACAGAAUAGACGAUAUUUUGAUUGUUAAAAUAUUUGAGCAGAUGCUUAAUCUAAAGGUCUUGGUUCUACAAGGAAACCCGGUUGUUUCCCGACUCCCCCAGUAUCGGAAGACAUUGAUACUAGCCUGUAAGGAACUUACUUAUUUGGAUAGUCGUCCUGUGUUUCCUCGCGAUCGAGCAUGUGCUGAGGCUUGGAAGCGUGAUGGCUAUGAAGGAGAGCGCAAAGAAAAUAAUCGUUGGAACCGAGCUGAGCGCAGGAAAACACGCGAAAGCAUUAACUGUACCAUACGUAUGCGCAAUAGUCACCGUCCACCUGAUCAGCAGGAUCCUUUGCUGAGGUCUAGCGAUUCGGAAGACGAUACAUGUGCCGAAACUGCCCGUAAGAAAGUUGCGCUUGAGAACGGUUGUGUCGAUGAUUUAUGGGAGGAGGUGUCGGGUGAACAGCCUAUCUCAGAGGACGGUACCAACUCAUCUAGUUCUCUGGAAGACAAUGAUGGCACAAGCUCUCAGGACGAUCUUAUAGCAGAGAAAUUGAGUAAUCGUAGAACACUCGAGGGGCGCCCAACAGUCCUUUAUGAAACUGAAGUGAGCAACGUAAAGAGUGCCAAUAACGAUAUUAACAUAUUUGAGGAGGGUGUUGGCAAGGCAUCGCAGAUUAUUAUAGAAGACAAACCCGUUACGAAAAUAAAGCUUAUAAACGAACCAAGCUGUAUGAAUGAUAAAAGUGCGAUGAAUUGUACUUCCAUGGGACCAGUGGUAAAGGAAAACGAUUUUGACGAAGACGCAGAAAUAAAAAAUGUGGAUGAUAUGGUCCCAUGCCAGAAUUUAAUUAAAUCAAACGAAGAUAUAAACUCUGAAUUCGGUUUCAGCUCAAAGCUGAAACAAGAUUUUGAUCAAACUUGUACUGCCCUAAGAAAUGAUGCUGAAUGUAAGGAAUUUGAUGAAGAACUAACCAUCAAAGAAAGUGAAAGCAAGCCUUUUAACGAAAUGUACGACAUUUUUGCAGCUGAAGACGAUAAGCUCAACGAAACACUCGAUUUAAAUCUAAAUGAAACCACAUGUCCACACCAUGUGCACGACAAUUUUUUUUCCGAGCAAAACAAAAUGCCAAGCUUUUAUGAAGAAGAUAUCAUGAUCAACCUUUUACCCAAAACCAAGGAGAAAACACUGUUGGAAAAAGACAGUAUCAUUGAAAAUGAAAAGUGCGCUCAUGACUUAGAUGAAAUGGGUCGCCAAAUGGAAGAGGAUCUGGCAGAACUUAGGCAGUCCACUCAGAAUUUGAUCGGAAUUUCAAUAGAUGAGACUGCUCGUACAGACAGUGAAACAGAUGAAGAGGAUCUGAUAGCACAGCAGGACCCAUACUCUCCACUUCUCAAGCAGCAAUUCAAAGACCGUCGUAUGAAAAUUAUGUUAACAGAAGAAACCAAAGCGCAAGAGGAAUCACUAAGUGAUAGAAAUAUUGCACUCUCAAACGAAUCUGACCAAGAUGACAAGCAAGACCAGUUAUUUGCCAAAAUAUUAGAUGAUGCAACAGAAAAUAUACCCAAGCGCAUCUUUGGCACUGGGUGUGAUGCACUUAGUUCCGUUUGGCCUCAAGAAGAGUGCUUGCUUCAAUUGACUCUACCCGAAAACAAAGAAUCUCCAGCUCAAGAAGACACCUUCAAGAAAUCUAUAACAAAUAGUACAAGUUUCGAGAAGGCGAAUGAAAUUUGCGUUCGUAUGGAUCAGAAAAUGGCCGAGGAAGAGGAAGCUUUAGGUAAGCUGUUGCAUGACCUUGAAGGCGAGAUCAACAACGUGUAUGAUAUAAACACGAAGGUGAAGUACGAAGAAAACACUUCUACUAAUGAGAGUGACGCUGUUAGUAUUUGUACAUCCUUGCUAGACGAUAUUAUAGUUGGUCUUACGUUCGACGAGGUACUGUGUCAUGAGAAACCCAAAAGUUUCGAAUUCGGUCUUAUCGAAUCUGACGAGGAGUUCAGUUACUCAUUUGAACCGAAAUUGGAAAAGUUGGUUCCCCCUGCACUAGAGGAUCCGGCCCGAGGAAAAAGCCUUCGAGAAUGUUUGGACACUUUUUCUGACUUUGUCUCUUCCAUGGCAGAUCCGAAGCUGCCCGUAAUGUUGGGUCGUAACCCCACAUCGGGUGUGGAGAAAAUCCGUGCCGCUCAAGAGUUACUAAAGACUAAAAAUCUUUCGGACCUAUACAAGGAUACGGCAGAAAGCUUAAACUCCCAGGUAGCCAAAGAAAUUGAAAAGCGCAAACGCCGCGUGGCAGCAUCUGCUACGCGUUGUUUUAAUCAACGCGAUAAAUAUGAUGAUACCUUGGAGUUAGUCGAAAAUCGGUUGAUGAUUGUCAAGAAAGAUUCCGGGGAUCUGGAAGAACUGCCACCACCACCCCCCUUAAUAAGUGACACAGAGUCCGAAGACGACAACCCAACUGAGGAUAAUUAUACACCUGGCAAUGAGGUUCAUAGACAUGGUACAAAAACUCAGGACUCGAAAGAACAUCUAAUGAGCAAUUUGUUGAAUCAAAAUCAGGACGAUAUUAUAGAAGGUAAAAAAAAUGACAGUGCUGAAGAUGAAUUUUAUUCGUUGGAAGCAAUGACAACCUUUGGCAACCUAGACGCGGAAUUUUUUCAGAAGCUGGAUCUUCAGAAAGUUAACGCUUCCGAAGACUCAGAACCGGCCAUCAACUGCAUGCGAAGUUAUAAUGAACUUCAAGCUUACAUGAAAUCCGGAUCAUUAAACACCCAGCUGAAUAGUGAGGAAGCCGAGAUGUUGCAGACAAUGUGUUCCAGGGUUGCCUCAGAUGUAGACAAGCCGAAGUCACAAAAUUCCAAAGAAGAAGAGGAGGAUGACCUUCUUAAAAAAAUGGUUCUUCGCAUGAAAGAGUACGAGGAACGGGAGCAUCAGCUUCAGCUAAUAUCGCAUGAAACCUCCAGUGAGUUAGGUCCCAUUAAGCUAUCCAUAGGUGGGUCUAAGCUUUUCGAGCAAAAUACUAAAAUUCCAGAAUCUGUCCUUGUACAUUCAGAAAAUGAGCCCACUAGAAACAACAAACCUAUAAAUACCAAGAACACAAACGAUAAAGAGAGCUCAGAUAUAAUGGAAAAAAAUGGGGAUCCAAGUGUCACGACCUCCUUUAAAACAUCACACAAAAGUAUAGACGACGAUAUACAGUCCGAUGUUUCAACUGACUACGAAUCUGGCGAAGAAGUAGUUGUUGUAGAGCCGCCUACACUUUCCGAGGCAGUUCUCAAAUCGUUCUACUCUGAUGAAUUUGAAGCAGACUCAAAAAUGGUUCAUGAACUUGAAGAAGCUACUCGGCGUAAUCUCCGCCGCUAUAAUCCAAACAUAAUGCAUAUUUCAACAAGCAAUCAUCCAUUUUCAACAAAUAAUAUACUGCCUACUAAAACCUCUACUUCGGAGCUGUCUGAAGGCGCUAAGGCCAAGUGGGCAAAAAUAGCGGAACGACUACACGAAUUUCUUGAUCCGGAGACGAUUGCGAAUCUAAAUAAGGAACAGUUCGGGGAAAGCGAUGAAUGUGAAGAUAGUCAAGAUGAUAAUAUUACAGAUAUCACAGUUGAGGAAACCAAUUUAAAAAAAGAUACAAAAUUAGUAGUUUUGGAAGAAUAUAACAAUACACACACUUGCGAUGGAAACUCAUGUCCAUCUAAGCUUGAUGACAGCGAUCAAUUCGCAAGCCUCAAAGGAUUUGAAAAAAUUAAAGAAACGCCAACACAUAAUAUGGGAUUAAGUAGUGUUAUGAGCGCAUCGCAAAAUAAAACUUCCGAAACUUUGCCAAACGAAAUUGGAAAUAAAAUCACAGAUUUCUCUUCUUUUAAAACUUCGUCAACGGAUCUCAUUAAUUCAGAAGGUGUAAAAACGGAACAAAUUCAGUGCAAUCUUCAGAUUUUGAGCGACGAAGGAGACGUUGUGGUCGAAGAGCUCAGUGUCAAUGCUCAGGUGUCGUCUUUUAAGUAAAAAUCGAUCCCUAUUAAUUUGUUAAAAUGUAAUCAUUUUCCAAUUGUUUUUUAUUUAUAAUAAUUAAAUGGAUGAUAAUUCAAAAGCGC